CGGAGUACAUCUAUAUCUUAUCCAAUUGGUUAUCACUAGUAAUUUUAUUGCUUCGAGAAAUAGGAAGCCAUAAAUAAACUAGAAUCAAAAAUGCACUCCCCACUCUCUUUUAAGAAUAUUUCCUACUUCACUCCAUACAAUACUCCGUAUUCUAUCUAACCUUAGAUAUGUUGAAUAUUAAUGAAUCGCUGAACUUGACUUGGCUGGCAACCUGAUCGGCUAUUCGUUACUCCGUAUUUUCGUCCGAUACCCCCAUUAUACGAAUGCAAACGUCGGCAGGCCGACCUACCAAGGGCAUGACGAAUGUUGAACAUCUAAUAGAUUUCCCAUCCAGUAUGCUUUUGUUGGAAAAGUAAGAAAGAGUCUUAACACUGAUUUGCAUUUAGAGUAACCAACCAUCGUUUGCCUUUUGCAUCUUCUACCUACCUACUUUCCAUCCUUCUUUUGCUCAAGCUUCCGGCUUCCAGCUUCAUGUUUUUACCCACUUACCAUACUUUAAUCGCCCCUUGAAAACAUUAAUUUGCGACUUCCUUAAGAAAGUGUGUCUUCGUUUGCUCCUAAUCCCUCAUACCGAGUCGCACCGAACAUGGAGGAGAAUAAUCCGGAGUUGCAGGCAAAGCUGCAGGAAUUAGAACAUGAGCUGGAGGUUAGUUAUGGCGUUCCCAAUGACGGGGAAUUUGUUUUAGCUGCGUCGCGUGUGCUCUUGUGCCAAAUGCAUGCAGGAUGACAUUGUCCGGGGUAGAUUAGAUGUUUUCCAGUACCAAAUUGCUGAUACAACCUUUGCUUUAGGAAGGGGAUAUUACUGAGAAGGGGUACGUUUGCUCAAUGCUAUGCUAAAAGCAUUUAACAUCUCAUAUGAUAUAUCAGUCUGAUUUCUCGAACACAGAUAUCAAAAGCGCCGCACAUUUUUACUUUCACAAUACCUGGGCGCCGCACCGAUUGCCGCAGAGCUGACAGGGUUGCGCAUACAUGCUCCUGAUGACAGCAUACAUCCCUCGAAUGAUGGUUCACGCUCUGCAUCUCUUGCAGCCCUGAAUUCGAACUCAAGAACUGCAAGCGGAAGUUACCUAUCGCAAAACUACGGCGCAUCUCAAAUUUCCGGUCGAACCGCUACAAUGGCUAGUGAUACAGAAAGUUUCGGGGCAAAUAGAGCACAAGAUGGGCGAACAUUUUCAUAUGCCGGCAGACCUCAGGAUUUAAGGCUGGCGGUACAUAAUCCCACCACCCAGCGUCAUAGCUCUUAUAGUCAGGCCUCAUCAUAUCAACCUGGCUCCCCAGGAACUGGAGACUAUCAGCAAGAUCGUCCAAAUGAGCCAAGUAUGAGAUUGGAGUCGAUGGCUUCUAGUACAAAUUAUGCUUUCAAUCCGGCACAUCAAAGUGGCUAUAUGGAACAUCAGGGGGACGUCUACGAUCAGAAUCAUGCAGAAAUGAUGAUGGACUCGCACGGCACCAUGCUUGGUGAAUCGCAGCAAGGAUAUUUCUCAGACUUUGCCGGACAACAAGGGUAUGAGAAUAAUGGACCAAAUUCAUAUGGUGGUGGGCCACAUCGAUAUUCUUCCAGUGACGCAUUCUCUCCAACAGCGGCAAUGGCGCCGCCAAUGCUGACCACCAGUGACUUACCUCCUCCCGCCGCCCUAGAGUAUCAAAUGCCUCUGGAGCCUAGAGAUGUCCCAUUCGCUGUCUACGAUCCACAUGAUAAAAAUACCCCCAUGUCUAAAUUUGAUAAUAUCGCGGCUGUUUUGAGGCAUCGGGGUAGUGCAAGAGCGAAGAUGCCAGCAUACUGGGUAUUAGACAAUAAAGGAAAAGAAAUUGCUUCUAUUACCUGGGAGAAACUUACUAGUCGAGCUGAGAAGGUUGCGCAAGUAAUUAGAGAUAAAAGUUCUCUCUAUAGAGGUGAUCGAGUGGCUUUGAUAUAUCGCGAAUCCGAAAUCAUUGAAUUCGCCAUCGCUUUACUUGGAUGUUUCAUUGCUGGAGUGGUGGCCGUCCCUAUUAAUGAUCUCGACGAUUACGCAAAACUUAAUACGAUUUUGACCUCUACACAAGCACAUCUUGCACUGACCACCGACAACAAUUUGAAAACUUUCCAGCGAGAUAUCACAAGCCAGAAGCUGAAUUGGCCAAGGGGAGUAGAAUGGUGGAAGACAAAUGAGUUUGGUAGUUGGCAUCCAAAGAAAAAGGAUGAUGUACCACCUUUGACGGUACCAGAUUUAGCUUAUAUUGAAUUUUCACGAGCUCCUACAGGCGAUCUCCGUGGUGUAGUAAUGAGCCACCGAACAAUCAUGCAUCAAAUGGCAUGUCUCAGUGCUAUCAUAUCUACAGUGCCGUCUGGUGGACGUGGUGAUACUUUCAAUACUGAACUAAGAGAUAAAAGCGGAAGAUUGAUGGCUGGGGGUAGCAGUCGUGGCGAGAUCUUGCUCUCUUAUUUAGACCCACGGCAGGGAAUUGGUAUGAUUUUGGGAGUCCUAUUAACAGUAUAUGGUGGCCACACAACUGUCUGGCUCGAAAGUAAGGCUGUUGAAACACCUGGUCUUUAUGCCCACCUCAUUACAAAAUACAGGGCCACCCUCAUGGUUGCCGAUUACCCGGGCUUGAAGAGGGCAGCCUAUAACUACCAGCAAGAUCCAAUGACUACGCGCAAUUUCAAAAAGGGAAUGGAACCAAACUUUCAAAAUGUUAGACUGUGCCUAAUAGAUACACUGACAGUCGAUAGCGAGUUCCACGAGGUUUUAGCAGAUCGAUGGUUACGGCCCAUGCGAAAUCCUCGUGCGCGAGAAUUGGUUGCCCCUAUGUUAUGUCUACCGGAACAUGGUGGUAUGGUGAUUAGUAUGCGAGAUUGGUUGGGUGGUGAAGAGCGUAUGGGAUGUCCCUUGAAACUGGACAUUGGAUCAGACGGCAAUUCCAUCGAGGAGAAGUCCGAAGAAAAGGAGAAGUCAUCUGGUAAUGGGUUUGGAAGUCUCAUAGGAGGCGGAACAGUAGCCCCAGCUGAACAGAAAGGAAGAACAGAACUAAGUGAAGUUCUCCUGGAUCGAGAAGCGCUCAAAACCAAUGAAGUUGUUGUGGUCGCUAUUGGUGAGGAAGCGCGUAAGAAAGCCAGUAGCGAACCAGGAACGGUACGUUGUGGUGCUUUUGGUUUUCCAAUACCCGAUGCUACUUUAGCGGUAGUGGAUCCAGAAACUGGUCUUCUAGCGUCCCCACAUUCUGUAGGUGAAAUCUGGGUAGACUCCCCGUCUCUAUCAGGGGGUUUCUGGGCCUUGCCGAAACAUACUGAGCAAAUUUUCCAUGCUCGACCAUAUAAAUUUGAGCAAGGAGACCCGACUCCAAUGAUGGUGGAGCCAGAGUUCCUUCGUACAGGUCUUCUCGGAACAGUGAUCGAGGGCAAGAUUUUCGUCCUUGGCCUGUAUGAAGAUCGUCUCCGGCAAAAGGUUGAAUGGGUCGAGCAUGGCCACGAAGUCGCAGAACAUCGAUACUUCUUUGUACAACACAUAAUAGUGAGUAUCAUGAAGAACGUACCCAAGAUUUAUGACUGCUCCGCGUUCGAUGUUUUUGUCAAUGAUGAGCAUCUUCCGAUAGUUCUGUUGGAAUCACCUUCCGCAUCAACAGCACCUGCUGCCUCUGGUGGACCUCCACGCCAACUGGAUACUGCGCUUCUAGAUUCACUGUCAGAGCGAUGUAUGGAAGUAUUGAUGCAAGAACAUCAUCUAAGGGUCUAUUGUGUGAUGAUUACAGCACCAAAUACUCUCCCGAAGGUCCUAAAGUGUGGCCGAAGAGAGAUCGGUAAUAUGCUUUGCCGCCGCGAAUUUGAUCUUGGAAACCUUCCUUGUGUGCAUGUAAAAUUCGGUGUCGAACGAGCUGUCCUUAACUUACCUAUUGGUGUGGAUCCUAUUGGUGGUAUAUGGUCACCGCUUGCCGCCCAAGCUCGUGAAGAUAUAUUAUCUCCUGGCGACAAGCAAUAUUCCGGAAUCGAUCGUCGCGAAGUGGUAAUUGAUGAUCGAACUUCCACACCUCUAAAUAACUUCCUAAGCAUAGUUGACUUGCUACAAUGGCGCGUGGCACGACAAGCUGACGAACUAUCCUACUGCACUAUAGACGGCCGAGGUAAAGAAGGAAAAGGGAUCACCUGGAAGAAAUUCGACACGAAGGUUGCUGCUGUGGCUAUGUAUCUCAAAAAUAAGGUCAAGAUAAGGCAUGGCGACCAUCUGAUUCUCAUGUAUACGCAUUCUGAAGACUUUGUGUAUGCAACGCACGCAUGUUUUUGUUUAGGAGCAACGGCUAUACCCAUGGCUCCUCUUGAUCAGAAUCGCCUGAACGAAGAUUCACCCGCAUUCCUACAUAUGGUUUCUGAUUACCAUGUGAAGGCUGUUUUGGUUAAUCAAGACGUUGACAACUUAAUGAAACAAAAAACAGUCUCACAACACCUUAAACAAUCGGCACAAAUUCUGAAGGUACAGGUGCCGAGCAUAUAUAAUACUUCGAAGCCACCCAAGCAAAACAAUGGUUGCAGAGAUCUUGGCCUUACGAUGCUACCAAACUGGGUUCAGCCAGGAUACCCUGCUCUUGUUUGGACAUAUUGGACACCUGAUCAACGUAGGAUCGCUGUACAACUAGGUCAUGAUACCAUCAUGGGUAUGUGCAAGGUGCAGAAAGAGACUUGUCAAAUGACAAGCUCGAGGCCUGUUCUAGGUUGCGUGAGAAGUACCACUGGUCUGGGUUUCAUCCACAGUGUUCUUAUGGGUAUAUUCGUUGGGGCCCCAACUUACCUGGUUUCCCCCGUCGAAUUCGCACAAAAUCCAGUAUCACUUUUCUUAACUUUAUCGAGGUACAAGAUUAAGGAUACCUAUGCCACACCUCAAAUGCUCGAUCAUGCAAUGGCCGUCAUGCCAGGCAAGGGUUUCACUCUUCACGAGUUGAAAAACCUGAUGAUUUCAGCCGAAGGAAGACCUAGAGUUGAUGUUUUCCAAAAAGUACGUCUUCAUUUUGCUGCGACUGGUCUUGAUCGUACUGCUAUCAAUACGGUAUAUUCGCACGUUUUGAAUCCAAUGAUUGCAUCUCGCUCAUAUAUGUGUAUUGAACCAAUUGAGCUGUGGCUAGAUACUCAAGCUUUACGCCGGGGUAUGGUAUAUCCUGUCGAUCCCGAAUCGAACCCCAAAGCACUCAUGGUUCAAGAUUCUGGCAUGGUUCCCGUGUCAACUCAAAUAGCUAUUGUUAAUCCAGAAAGCCGUUGUCUUUGCCACGAAGGUGAAUAUGGUGAAAUUUGGGUCGAGUCAGAGGCAUGCGUCAGAGCAUUCUAUGGAUCGAAGGAUGCUUUCGAUUUCGAAAGAUUUGACGGGCGUACUGUUGAUGGUGAUCCAAAUGUACAAUACGUCCGAACAGGAGAUUUAGGGUUUCUACAUACCGUGAGCCGACCUAUAGGGCCAGGUGGUGCGCUCGUCGAGAUGCAAGUACUGUUCGUUCUCGGAAGUGUUGGGGAGACAUUCGAAAUAAACGGCCUUAGUCAUUUCCCAAUGGAUAUUGAAAGUUCAAUAGAGAAAUGUCAUCGUAACAUUGUCCCUGGAGGAUCGUAAGUUUUUCCCUUUUGAUUUCUUGGAGCCAUUGAAGCUAAUAAUAUUUAGUGCCGUAUUUCAGGCCGGCGGACUUAUCGUUGUAUUGGUGGAAGUAGGAAGGAAAUCAUACCUUGCUUCCAUUGUACCAGUCAUAGUGAACGCCAUUCUAAAUGAACAUCAAAUCAUCGUUGACAUCGUUGCCUUUGUCAAUAAGGGUGAUUUUCCCAGGUCCCGACUUGGGGAAAAGCAACGGGGUAAAAUUCUAGCUACUUGGGUCACGCGCAAAAUGCGUACCAUGGCACAAUUUGGUAUCCGAGACGCCGAAGGAGGUCUUUCAGACGUUACAGAGACCAUGGAGCCACGCAGUGGUAUCCCUAGUGUUCGUAAUGGUAGCGUCAUCGCGAGCAGCCUCCGCAAUGUUGAGCCUGCUCCUCAAAUCGUUGAGGAACAGGAACGCGAGCGUCAGCGUGCGGUUUCGCAACAUAGUUUCGCACCCAUCCCGGUUGGCAUAUCUGAAAUGCCAGCAGAUAAUUAUGAUGCACCUUCAAUGCGAUCAUCGAAUGAAGCAAAUUUCAGCAUGAGAUACAAUGAUGACACACCUCCUGCAAAUUCACAACAUGAUCAUUUCGAACCAAGCAGCAAUUUCUAUGGUGGGCAAAUCAAUUUCGAUAAUCCAUAUUCUGAUUUUGUAGUUCCGGGGUUCGGUCCCAAUCCAGGUGAUACCCGGAUGACGGGGCCGCCACCCGGAAUGGACAUGGAUAUGGGUACUCGGCAUGGCGUCCACAACGUCCAUGGAGGUGAUCAGGGGAAUUUACCGGGUCAGCAGCAGCAACACCAAGAGGGACCUAGGAUUGGAGGAGGGCUGAGAGUGCAUAAUAUGGAUGAUGAUGACGAUUGGAAGGAAACUCUGAUGCACUAUAAUCGAGCUAAUCAAUGAAGACAUUGGGAGCGGACGCUGGUCGUGCUGUAUGUGGGUUUAUAUAGGGAGUGGAGGGAGUAAGGGAGAUAGAGGCGAGGAGGAAGGGGUGGAAGGCAUGUGUGAUUUUGCAGGGAGAGAGAGAGAGAAGUUGGGGGUGGGGAUUGGAGGAGAGAGAGAUAGGGAGGAAAGAAGAGCGAGGGAGAGAGAGAAAUGAAAGAUGGAUAUUAGGGAUUUAACACCCUCAAGAAAGAUUUUCUUUUAUUGGUAAUAUCCCAGACUUGGAGUGUAUUGCAUGAAUUGAUAGGCAUUUGGGAACGGCGUAAUCGUCGAUGGAGCGCAGCGCGUGGCGCGUUGUUUAUGAUAUAAAUAAAAGUAUUGUUAUCACGGCACUUAGCAAGGAUUUGUAGAUAAGGUGAGACAAGACUAUUAUGAUUUUAAUACAGAGUAU